CCUACCUCCACUCCACCCCCCAUCUCCACCUCCUCCCUGACGCCCCAGCACCCCUUGAAAGGACCAAGAAUGAAGGUGCAGAGGCUGUUGUUCCUGGUGCUCUUGCUGCGGUGUCCCGGUUCCCCAAACCCAAAUCUUGUCCAUGUUGUGCCUGACCGUUUCCUUCUUGGCCCUGAUGGGGUUGGAGUUCUAUGGAAACUUCCCAUUAUCACUGCCCCCUUGGGAGUUUGUGUCUUUCUCAUUUAUAUCUGGAGAACCAUCCUCGCUAUAAAGCCUCGGCGAUAUGAAGUAACCUUACAACAAAUAAAUGAGAAGAUCCAUCGACUUAGGACAGAAAACAGGGAGCUUGCUCAGGAAAUAUCCCUUUGGGAGCUGAAGAUCCGGGAAGGCAAGAAGCAUGUUGCAGAAACUAAGAGUGAACAUAAGUUUCUCUCUGAGGAAGUUCUUAAAUUGAAGGAGAACAUCGAAAAGGUUGACGAAGUUAAUGAAAAUUUAAAUGACACCCUUCGUUGGGCACUGGCUCACUUGCAAAUUGAGAGAGAGAAGAAGGUCAAGAAUCAGGAUGUGGCCCAAGAUGCAUUCGAGGAUGGAGAGCAGAGAGCCUUUAGGGCCAAAAAACGAGAACUGCAGGAAUGUCGACGAUUGUUGGAAGACCAUUGCAAUGCCCUGAGUUCUUUGAAAACAACUCAAGAAGCCGAACUGAAAAUGCUGAGGAGGAAAGUGGAUAUCGUGGUGGAUUUCUCUAAACAAAGACAAGCGGCUGCCGAAGAGAAGGUUGCAAAGACCCGCUGUGACCUGGAGGCAACAGAGAGUCAGCUGUCCGCUGCCAUGGAAAAUCUGAAAGGAAUCACAGAAGCAACGGACAAGUACAAGCAAGAAAUUGGAGAGAUGCAAGAUCAGCUGCAGGAGGCAGAGCUCACCUUCCAACACAAGAUCGCAGCUCAUGAGAGAAGUGCUCUAGAUAAUUGGAUCAAGGCUCAGGUUUGGGAGAGGAAGAUAGUGCAGCAGAGGAGGGAGAACGCCUAUGUGAAACACAGACUGCACAUGAUGAGGAGAGAGAUGCUGCCUGAGGGAUCCAUGAGGCAGGAACCGAUGCCGGGAAGACCUGAGACACAGAACCGUGUGCAGAGAGGGCUUUGGUCUGAUGCUGAAACUGGUGGGUCUCCCAUGGGGAACAGGGGCACCGAGCCUCACAGAGACCCAGGGAUGAGCAAGGUCGGUACAGAUGUGAGAGGGUUUCCUCAUGCUCCAAGGCCCCCCCAUAUGCCCUACCACAUGGGGCAGGGUUUACCAGGCUUCCCUGGCUAUGGGCCACCUCCACCUCCUCCACAUGGGUGGACAUGGGGGCCUCAACCACAGCUCAUUCCUGCUACACAUGGGCUUCGGUCGUAUUCAGAAACCUGUGGCUCUCAAGGGGACAACAGUGGCACCCCGCCCAAGAAGGUCCCACAGAAGGACUAGAACCCUGUGGAUGCAAGAGGACCUGCUCCUGUACCCGGCCCACUGGGUCCACCGUACCCCACGGAUCCCCCUUCAUCACCAUCCUGGAGCCCUGGGGCACAUCUCCCUCCACCCACCCAGUGGUCUCUGCAUCCUUACCCUGCACCCGAACCUACACCACAGGGUUUGAUGAUAUGAAUUGUAUGAUUUGACUUAUAAUCUGUAUUGUCUUCUUUCUUAUUGAGUUGGUGGGGCAAAGGCCAAGUUUGUGCUGAGGCCUUGACAUUGGGAGGGGAAAACCGCCUGGGGGCGCUGUAACAUCCUGAAGUUUCUCAGGACAUACAGGUGUUGUGCUGGGCUAUUUCCACACACUGAGCGGGGGGAGGUGCCGUUGUUGGGAAGGAAGUGUCUCUAUCGCACAAUGGCAGACAUAUAUUUCUUACCGUCGGGCACGUCCAGAGUCCACAGUUGUUGUUCUGGGCGGGAUGAAACACACCUCUCACUUUGUUUUCAGCGUGUUGAGUUUGAGCUCUCAUUUCCUCAGUUAUAUAAACACCUGAAGCAGGGCUAUGGUCCCUUGAUUAAUCAUUAGGGCAGGGGUCUGUCCCUUGUCCUCGGCAGUCAGUGGAUACUUGUGGGAAACCCUCUUGUCCGGUAAGGGAGGUGAGAAUGAGAAACAGUGGCAGAUGCUGGAGGCAGGUGUAGACGGUUUGUUAGAAUGUUGCUCAGUCACUUCCAGUGGGAUGGUCUUCCGUCUUUUCUCUGACGUGGGUCAGAUACAGACGCUGGGGCAUCCUCCAUAAGGAAUAGCAGUCCUACAUGCAGGCCUCUCAUGUUAUGGGAGAGUGAAUGUUGCUAAGGACAUGAUCACUUUCUUCAGGUUGCUCAGGAGACGCCUUUGAGGGACUUUGUCUUUCACUCAUACUGAGGUGGUCAGCAGGUCCCUUUGUGGUGAAGGAGAGCCGCUCUUCUCCAAAAGCUGGGCACAGCAGGUAUGCGCAUGCACACUGUGCAGAGACGAUAUUCUGUGCUCUGGGAGGGAUGAGGAGGGAAUUUCAGGGGUCUGAGAGCAGCGAGGGACACAUUCAUUAAACGACAGAGAGGUUGUGUUCCGUAUAAGGGAAGCCCCAGCGAUGGAUCUGAAGGACCAGAGAGGGAGCCAUGAGUCACUAGAAACAGGAGGCUGUGGAUGAGCAGGAUGGAGGUGCUCAGGGGAGUGGAUGGGCCUCUCUCGGGUAGAGCGGAGGCCGUUCCUGCAGGCCAGCAGCUUGAGCAGUGAGUGUGAGGACACCGUGAGAUCCACACCGAGCUGCUGCCUGUGUCCAUCACACAGCGUGGAUGAUGCAAUUAUUUGUAUCAGAACGUCAUGGUUGCCAUAAAGCUGUUCGUUCAUAAUCUAUAAGGAUUGUUGUUUCCUCUGAAUUUCUGAAGGUUCUGAACUGGGUGAAAGAAUGUGGUGGAGACUUGGGAAAUUGAACUCGGUUCCUUUGGGGAUUCUUGUCUGCCUGAGUUUGUGGGCCCCAGUGAGAAAAAGUGAAGACGGGACCAAGAUCAGCAGAGUGGCUGCCUUGGCCUUCAGCCCGAGUCAGACUCUUCGUGGGGCAUUCAGGAUUGACCAGGAGCCACUCUCGCUGGAUCCCUGUCACUACGCCUCUGCAUCUGAGUCACCGCCCUGCCUGCACUUUGCAUCUCCCUGAACUUUGGUCACAGUAUCCUGCGGAUUGACCUGUGUUCCUGCCCGAAUGCCAGCUCUCCGUGGGGCCUACUCAGAGCCUCAGCUCUGUUAUCUGUGAAAGGGGAGCCUGUCGGAUUCUGAGGUCAUUAGAAGAAUAGGAGUUGAAGUACAUAAAGAAUCUGCAGGGGCCCCUGGGUGGCUCAGUCGAUUAAGCAUCGGACUCUUGAUUUCUGCUCAGGUCAUGAUCUCAGGGUUCUGUGAUCGAGCCCCAAGUCAGGCUCGGCGUUGGGUGUGGAGCCUAUCUAGGAAUUUCUGUCCUCCCCACCCACCCCCCCACGCCCCCCACGCCCCCCACGCCGCCUUUCCAGCACAAAUUUGCCCUUUUUCGGUCUCUAUCUCAAGAAAAGAAAAAGAAUAUGCAAAAUAUCUGGGCUCUUGGCCACUCCCCCUUCUCACUGUUUAAAUGAAAAUAGCUCCAUCAGAUGAUCAUCAAAAGAUGUUCAUUUAAGUCCACAACAUUACACUGAGAGUAUAACACCUCAGCCCAGAGAUUGGCAUCCUCAUUUCAAAAAUAAGGCAAAGACCCCCCCCCCUUUUUUUUCUAUUAAAUUUUAGGUCCUAGCCAAGAACGAAGUAAAAGAUCAUUAUGAGAACAUGUAUAUUCAGAGAUUCAUAUCUGAGAUGUGAAGACAGUUAUUUUCUAUUACAUACAGACUCACGGAAGCAGCCACACCCUCAGGUGUUCAUUCAAGGCCUCAGAUAUACCAGAGGAAGCAAAUGCAUUCAGGAAAACAUAAGGUCACAGUGUACUAACCCCAAUCCGUCUGCCUUACAGGACAGUACAUUUGCUAUUUGAAGACCUCCCUGAGCAGUAACAACCAGGCUGUGUGUGCAUAUAUUUAGAAAAUUGUCAGAUCAGCCUAAUGUCCUGAAUGUUGUCCCUGCCCAUCCUGUCCCCUGUGCUCUGUCUCUCCUGGGAUCCCCCAAAUAAACCUUCCACGGUUCUG